AAUCAGUGACGAGGUCAGAGGGGACCACUAUAUCAGCUGUGCAGCUGAAAGUCACUCCUGUUAGAAAGAAAGCUUUGCAACAAGUUCUUGAACGAUCUUCAGCAACCUUUGAAGAAAACCGAAGUCAUGGCCCCGAUUCUGAUUCUGAGCUGCAUGGGGCACGAUCACAACGAAUACAUCAAACAACAAGUCCAAGUGAAGAAUCCCUAUUUGGACACUAUGGAGGAGGACAUCUUGUACCACUUCAACUUGAGCACAAAGACUCACAACCUUCCAGAGAUGUUUGGAGACACAAAGUUUGUUUGUGUUGGAGGAAGCGGAAACCGAAUGAAGUCUUUCGCCCAGUUCAUGCACAAGGAGCUAAACUUGCCUGGAAACCCAGAGGACAUCAGGGAUAUCUGUGAGGGAACUGAUCGCUACUGCAUGUACAAAGUGGGACCAGUACUCUCUAUAAGUCACGGCAUGGGAGUCCCCUCCAUCUCCAUCAUGCUGCAUGAGCUCAUCAAAUUGCUGCAUCACGCUCAGUGUCAUGAUGUGGUUCUGUUUCGCCUGGGAACCUCUGGCGGUGUUGGUCUGGCUCCGGGGACAGUAGUGAUCACUGAUAAGGCAGUGGACUACUCCUUCCGCCCCCAGUUUGAACAAGUUGUUCUGGGUAAAGUCAUUACCAGGAGCACGGAGCUGGAUGAGGGCGUGGUCAGCGAGCUCCUGCAGUGCUCCCACGAGCUUCAAAACCUGCCAACUGUCAUUGGAAACACCAUGUGUACCCACGAUUUCUAUGAAGGUCAAGGCAGGCUCGAUGGAGCUCUUUGCUCCUUCUCUCAGGAGGAGAAGCUGGAUUAUCUGAAGAAGGCCCACGAGGCCGGAGUGAGGAAUAUUGAAAUGGAGUCAACAGUCUUUGCCGCCAUGUGCCGAGUCUGUGGCCUCAGAGCGGCUGUGGUCUGCGUUACUCUGCUGAACCGCUUUGAUGGAGACCAGAUCACCUCCCCUCAUGAAGUCCUGGUGGAGUACCAGCAGAGACCUCAAGUCCUGGUGUCUCACUUCAUCAAGAAACGUUUGGGAAUUACAGCCUGAACGCUCUUGAAAAUAAACAUUGUAUAUUGAUUUGAUUGAUAUGUAUAUAAUAUGCUCUUCUCAACAUGUUGUUAUCUGAACUGGACUCUUAUUUUGAAGAGUUGAAUCUUUUCUUAAGGAUUUAGGGGAUAAAACCAAAAGACUAGCAUUUCUUACUUCUAAAUAUAUAUUUAAAAUAUGUAUUUUAUCUUUUAUUAUGAAGCACUUUGUUAUUUAUGUGAAUUAUUAUGAAGUUUAAUCAAUUUUUUUUGUUUACGCUUAUUUCCACAUAGACUGGUUAAAUUUUGAUGUUUCUGAAACUGAUUUAAUGUUUCAAUGACUGAAAACUGAAAUGUUAAAGAUGCCAAUAUAUGUAAGAAUAAAGCAAAAAGGACAUCCUG